GAAUAAAGAGAGAGAGGGCAUUUAAAAACUCGAAUUACGCACUCCAGAACGGGCCGUUUUGGGGCACUUUCGGGGCCCGUGGCAUGAAAUAUUCGCGUCGAAGGGUCUGCGUAGCGUUUGGGCUGGUUCCGAGGGGCUGAUUCGACUCGAGAAAGUGCUGCAUUGGGACAGGAUAUCACAGAAAGAUGGAGCCCGUUAUUGUGAAAAGAUUCGAAGGGCCCGCCGACUCUUCCUCGGAGGACUCGCUGCCGAGCACGCCGCCCUUGAUCCCAAAAUUGCCGGAAGGGUUGCGUCGUCGAUGGCUUCAGCAGUCGGCAGAGGAGGAUGAGGACCCAACAGAGGUGCCUGGACUGCGCGAGGUCAAAGAGUUGCUGGCCAGGGACGACGAGGCGAGCGUGCUGGAGGAGGAGGAGGAGGGCUGCCCGCUGCCCAGCACACCCAUUGACACAGAACUCUUGGACCAUGAGGAGUCGGAAGAGUUGGGUCUGGGUGCUUUGGCUCACAAAGCCGCCGAGCAAGCAGAAGGAUUCGUCAUGAAGGUUUGGGAGGUUUCGUGGAGCGUUUGCCACUUCCAGCACCUGCCCGAUUGGUUGCAAGACAACGACUUUCUUCACACAGGUCACCGACCACCCCUGCCAACCUUCUCAGCCUGCUUCAGGUCCAUUUUUAGGAUUCACACUGAAACAGGAAACAUCUGGACCCAUCUACUAGGUUGUGUUGCUUUCAUUGGAAUAGCCACAUACUUCCUGAGCCGACCGUCGAUUGAGGUGCAAUUCCAGGAGAAACUGGUUUUUGCUGCAUUUUUCCUAGGUGCUAUACUUUGUCUUGGAAUGUCAUUUGCUUUCCACACAAUGUGCUGCCACUCGGAAACGAUGGGAAAACUUUUCAGCAAGUUAGACUAUUGCGGAAUUGCCAUGCUGAUUAUGGGCUCUUUUGUGCCGUGGUUGUACUACGGCUUUUACUGCGACUUCCAGCCCAAAGUGAUUUAUCUCUGUGUGGUAACUUUGCUGGGAAUCUCCUCCAUUGUUGUGUCCUUGUGGGACAAGUUUUCCGAACCUGAAUAUAGAGCACUUCGAGCAGGAGUCUUUAUGACCUUUGGCCUGAGCGGGGUGGUUCCUGCGGUGCAUCAUGCUGUUGCCGACGGCUGGUUCAACGCCAUUUCCAAAGCGUCCCUCGGCUGGCUCAUCCUCAUGGGCUGCCUUUACAUCUUGGGCGCUCUUUUUUACGCACUUCGCGUCCCGGAAAGAUUCUUUCCAGGCAGAUGUGAUUAUGUGUUCCAGAGUCACCAGAUAUUCCAUGUGCUAGUAGUUGCUGCUGCUUUCGUUCACUACCACGGCAUAUCCGAAAUGGCAAUGUAUCGGAUGAGUGUUGGCUCUUGUGACGCACAGAACGAUCCACCCCUCGACUUCUGAACAACCUAUGAGAAUGAAGACUUGAGGCUUUUUCGUACACAGCCCUCGUAAGGAGCCGGAACAGCUGGAUUGUACCCCCCUUACUUUCUUCCCCAUUUUCACCGUAUGGGCUCGAUGUUCUAGUUUUUUACGCCCCUCAGAACUGACCCCAGCUUCAAUAUUUUCUCAGUUGCUCUACUUAUUAGCUGGACCAAACACUUUAGAUAGGAUCAAUAAUUGUUUCUUAUUUUUUGUCAGAAUAAUAAUAUAUUAUUAUAUUUAUUGAUUAGACUGUUAUGUGAGGAAUAAUUAAGAGAAGGCUGUCGAAUAUCAGGCACGGACGGUUUAAGCUGGCUGACCUCCUUGCUGUUUCUUUUCUCAAACAAAUUUAGUUAGAUUAACUCAUUUGGCGCAGUUCGAAGGCUAUAAAAUUACCAACAAAUCGAGUUAGUACGACUUAUAACACUUAAUUUCUAACUUAGUCCGACAGGCACAAUGCAAAUCACCAUGUUUAACAGGUAGUGUUUCUCGAUACAAUAUAGUUGAAUAGCAGCACAUUCCAUUAAGAGUAGGAUAAUUGCUUUUGAUGCCUUCGAGCUGGUCAAAUUUUGUGUGCGUGCAAUAUGUGAUUCUAAAAAAAGAUUAGAUCCCCAGUAACCAACAACCUUUUUGUAUGUUUUUAAUGCUACCCCAAUUAUUACUAAAUCAAUACAGAAAAGCUCAUUAUGUACUUUGCCUGGAUAUAUCUAUAAAAUAAAUGCAUUAAAUCAUUUUUUAACGCAAGAAAAUUACAACAACUCGGGGGUUCGUAUAUAUAUUUAUUGUUUUGAUUUUUGGUCUCGUAAGUUUUAAUUUUGAUUGCUUCUAAUGAACGCAAUGGUUUGUGAUGAUGGGUACACAAUAAAAUUGAUGAAAAGAA